CACAACAUCGGGGAGUCCCUCCUUGUCCCUGUUCCCGUGAAUGACAGUGACGAGUAUCCCCGCAGAGAUCUUAUGGGGGAUAGAUUUUGCCCCCGUCCUCAUUCCCCACCAAAAUAUCUAAAUAUACACUUCCACUUCGACUUUGAGCAACAACAACAACAGUGGCAUAGUAGCAACUGUGGCGGAGUAGUGGUGGAGCAAUGGCACAAUAGUGGCGGAGCAACGGCACAACAGUGGCGGAGCAACAGCCGUGGCGCAGCAACAGUCUCAGACGGAUUUGGUUUGGCAGCCAUGGUGCAGUAGUAGUGGCGUAGCAACAAUCUCAAAUGGAUUUGGUUUGGCAGCAACAAUCCAAACUCUAGUUCAAGGCAUAAGGGUGAGAUGUGAAAUAGAGAAGGGUAGAAGGGCGGCAAUGAAGGGAUUGAGGGAUU